CUCCACGUGAUUCCUGAUUCGUAUUUAGCUCGGCGUCUGUGACGGGCUUUAAUUAGCAAAGGAAGCGAUACGUGUCUGGAAGCAAAACUUUCUCAGGGAGGAGACCUCCCUCGGAACAGCAGUAGCAGAAAACAGUUGAGCACUGCUAAGCACGUUAAACUCUUUUUAGUGCGUACCCCUCCCAGUCCCGUCCAGCCACGCCUUUCGAGUUCCGUCCCUGUUCCCCACCUCUAGGAGCUGCGGUCUCUUUAAGUGCGCACCUUCGGUAAGACCCAGGCGGCGGGGCCGAGAACGCGUUUCGUUCCGGCGCGGAGAGUUUGUGCCUUUCGGGCUGCCGUCCUGCGGGUCCGCCAUAUUGUCUGCUGAAGCUGCCGCUGAAGCUGCCGCCGCCAAGUCUGAGCGAGCGGAGCAGCGAUGGAAUGAUUGUUGUUCAGCCCAGUCCUGUGAGGAUGCUGCCAAAAUAUGAGCAGCCUUGUAAUCUCAUUCUGAACCGAUCCAGUUGUUGAGGAGUCUCUUCCGUUGUCUGGUGAUUGGCAGUUCUUACAGGCUUGCAGAGACCAUGGCGAGCCCAGGGAAAGAUAAUUAUCGAAUGAAGAGCUAUAAGAACAAUGCCCUAAACCCUGAGGAAAUGAGGCGAAGAAGAGAGGAGGAGGGCAUUCAGCUGCGGAAGCAGAAGCGAGAGCAACAACUUUUUAAGCGGAGAAAUGUGGAGCUGAUUAAUGAAGAAGCUGCCAUGUUUGAUAGUCUCCUCAUGGACUCCUAUGUGAGCUCUACCACUGGGGAGAGUGUAAUCACAAGAGAGAUGGUGGAAAUGCUCUUUUCUGAUGAUUCUGACCUGCAGUUAGCAACCACACAGAAAUUCCGGAAACUGCUCUCCAAAGAGCCUAGUCCUCCAAUAGAUGAAGUUAUCAACACUCCAGGGGUAGUGGAUCGGUUUGUGGAGUUUCUGAAGAGGAAUGAAAAUUGUACAUUACAGUUUGAAGCUGCCUGGGCUCUGACAAACAUUGCCUCUGGAACCUCCCAGCAAACCAAAAUUGUCAUUGAAGCAGGGGCCGUCCCCAUUUUCAUAGAGCUGCUUAACUCGGACUUUGAGGAUGUACAAGAACAGGCUGUCUGGGCACUGGGAAACAUAGCUGGAGACAGCUCUGUUUGCCGGGAUUACGUCUUGAACUGUUCCAUCCUGAAUCCUUUAUUAACACUCCUUACCAAGUCCACACGACUGACAAUGACACGGAAUGCAGUCUGGGCUCUGUCAAACCUCUGCCGAGGGAAAAAUCCACCCCCAGAGUUUGCAAAGGUCUCCCCUUGUCUGCCUGUGCUGUCUCGCCUACUCUUCAGCAGUGACUCAGACUUACUGGCAGAUGCCUGCUGGGCCCUCUCUUACCUGUCUGAUGGCCCCAAUGAGAAGAUCCAGGCCGUCAUAGACUCUGGAGUCUGCCGGAGAUUGGUGGAGCUUCUGAUGCACAAUGAUCACAAAGUGGCUUCACCUGCCUUGAGAGCUGUGGGUAACAUUGUCACUGGGGAUGACAUCCAGACCCAGGUCAUUCUCAACUGUUCAGCCCUUCCUUGCCUCCUCCACCUACUGAGCAGCCCCAAGGAGUCAAUCCGGAAGGAAGCUUGCUGGACCAUUUCAAAUAUUACUGCUGGCAAUAGGGCUCAAAUACAGGCUGUCAUAGAUGCAAAUAUCUUCCCUGUGUUGAUUGAAAUCCUUCAGAAAGCAGAGUUCCGAACAAGAAAAGAGGCUGCCUGGGCCAUCACCAAUGCCACAUCAGGAGGAACCCCUGAGCAGAUCAGAUAUCUGGUCUCAUUGGGCUGCAUCAAACCUCUGUGUGACUUGCUGACUGUGAUGGAUUCAAAGAUUGUGCAAGUGGCCCUCAAUGGACUGGAGAACAUCCUACGGCUUGGAGAGCAGGAGGGCAAACGCAGCGGCUCAGGGGUCAAUCCCUACUGUGGUCUCAUUGAGGAAGCCUAUGGCUUGGAUAAAAUUGAGUUUCUCCAGAGCCAUGAGAACCAAGAGAUCUACCAGAAGGCCUUCGACCUCAUUGAGCACUAUUUCGGCGUAGAAGACGAUGAUAGCAGCCUGGCUCCCCAAGUGGAUGAAACGCAACAGCAGUUCAUCUUCCAGCAGCCUGAGGCCCCCAUGGAGGGCUUCCAGCUAUAAUGUCUGCCUCCGGGGAGGGGAAGGGCUGGGGAGCAUCACCAAUCAGCAGAAGAGCAGCCCUCUGGUGGGCAGGGAGCCAGCCCCCCACCUUCAGCCACCACACACCUCUGCUGUCCUGGAGACUGUGCUCUCGACCUGCUCCGCCCCUUCCCUGGAGGGAACACCCUCUGGACACACAGAACCAUCUGAGGCUCACAUUUGGGUUUUGUGACAAGAAGGGGACGUGUUGGGUUUUCUUCCUUACACUAUAUUUUGGCUGCACACAUGUCUUUAACCCAGGAGCCCAGGGGUAGACAAAGGAGGACUGAGGUAAUCAAUUUGCACCUUUUUUUAUUUUUGUUUUUUCUUUUUUUCUUUAAUGGUGACUUCCUUCCCUUUUAUCUUCCUUCAUCCUUCCCAGUCGUCUGCCCUGAUUGUGUAACUCUUAUCUUGGGUACUUGAGCAGAUGGAAUAUUCCAGAGGUGGGAGGUGGGAGGGCGGGGGAGGGGAGAAAUCCAAACAAAGUGUUCUUGCUCAGACGGAAUAUUAAUCUUGUAUGCUUGGAUUGAGUUAUUUAAUUUUUUUCUUUUGCACAUUUUUUCUUGUAUUAAGAUUGCUCUUCCCAAGAGCCAUGAGUUCCUCAUUUUAGGAAUCCCAGCUGCCAGCAAUUUCUGGGACUAGAGGUUGAUGGGGAGGCCACCAUGAGACAGAGGCCUCCCCCUCCCUCUGACCCUUUGCCCAGACCUCUUUAGUUUGGGAGAUCCCCCUCGCUCUCCUGGGGUCCCUGUCCCCAUGGAGGGAGUGGAGGAGCACAGGCCUUUAGUCGGGGCUUCCCCAUGUGUAGCUACUGAUCCCAUGUUUCCUAUCCACCUUCCAAAUGGUGCGACCCAACUUCAUAUGUUUACUUGAAAAUUCCCCUCGGAGGAGAAUGAACCUCCGAGGUGGCUGUAUUUUCUCCUGAGCUCAAGACAGGGGGCUGCAGUCCCUCCUUCUCCUGAGGAGAAGGGCCUGCUCUGGUGACCUACAAGUUGCAGAGAGGAGGUUGGAGUGAGAGUGUCAUGUAUUGGGAUAGUCAGGGAUCCCUGCCUUUGGCCUUCCUUCUUCCUCUUCCAUAGUUGGAUCAUGUAUAUUUUACUUCCAAAGGAGAGAAUGUCAAAAAGUUCUGUAUUUUUUUAUAUUCUAUAUAUUAGGUAGGUCAAUCUUAAUUGGUCUCAAAAGGAAGAGCUGUCUAUAAUUUCUGUAAUUAGGACACUGUGAGGAAGACCAACAAGGGAUGUGGAAGCUCCCUCACUCAGGAGGCCUGAGCUUGGUCUUUUUCCUCUCUGCCUGGAUUCUGGGCUGCCACCUGGGACCAACCCUCAGCUCUGGAACUUUAUAAAGCAAGUCAGCUGGGUCUGAUUGUACCUGUAGGGAGCGAGGUGGCCUCAGGGCCUCAUGAAGUCUAUCACUCUAGUCCCCAUCCUGCCAGAGAGCCGUCUGCUUUCCCAAAUCCAAUCUCAAAGGCUGUUGUCCACAUACAUUAUCCUGCAUGGCUGCCUCUCCUAUUAUCACAGAAACCCAGCAGCCAGAAUAACUUUGAGAGCUUUUGGUAUUUUUCCUGUAUGGGAUCCUUGCAUCUGGUUUGGGUUUUCCCUUCCUCAUGAUAAUUAGAAUCUAAAUGCCUUUCUUUUUGAGUAAAGGUAGUGGAGUGAUAUUACAGCCAAGCUGUUGGGGUGUGGGGUAGAGGAAGUUGUGAGCUAAGUGUAGACCUGUUAGGGGCUAAAGGCAUAGUCUGUGCCACCUCCCCGGUGUGAUCAGUCAGGGGUGUCCUGUCCCAGGCUGUACUUUUCUUUCCCCCAGAAACAGUGUCAUUCUUGCUCCCGCUCCUGUGCACUCCCUUGAGCUCAGGUGAAACCCAUCCCCCUAUGCUUAGAUAAGAUCUCAAGUUUCAAGGGCUUUGGUCUUGAAUUUGCCCUCUCUUCCUAGUGUUGAGGUUUCAGUCCAAGCCAUUUUCUGGGUAAAGGUGGUUUGGGGCGGGCAAUUGCCAGUGAAAAAUCCCACCAAAUCGUGCUGCCUUGGUGAAUCAGGUGCCAUUCAUUAGUGGGGGGGACUGCCAACCCCCAAUCUUCCAGGAAACCAAGGGGCAGGAGCUUUCGCACUUGACCUACUGAUCCACUACAGAAUUAUUCUACAGUUCAAAUAAAAGCACCCCUGUCCCCACAUCAUCCUUGCCCAAAAGGAAGAGCAACUUGGAAGUGUCUACCUUGUACAUUUCAGGCAACAGUUAAGUUCCUGACAUUUAAUUCUUAGUGUGAAACAUACAUCCUGUCUUACCAACUGCUCCUCCAAGAUACACUUUGACUUCAGAUCUGGGUCCUGUACCUGGAAGACUGUUAGUCACCUGGCUGCUGCUUAAAGCACGUUUUCUCUAAGGGCUUCAAAGGAUAAAUGCUACUGAUGGCACAGUGUGGGGACAUAUUUCUCAUUGGAGAAGGGCGGCCUUUAGGAGCUUCUCUUUGGGUCUUCUCUAGAGCAUGUUUCCCUGUUAUCUUCCUCAAACCGCUUUCGGUCCACAGAUGAAGUUCCUGCAGCCCACAGUGAGUUCAUCUUUUGUGUCUCCUCCUCUCCUUUGGCCAUCUUAAGAAGAGCCAAUCUUCAUGAGCAGCUCCCUUCUGGAACCAGGUCCUGGGUUGAAAGCUUUGUGAUGGGUUUCUGAGUGCUUACUGCCAGGACAGGGGCUUGCUGACCUGCUGCAGGGAAUAGCCCAGGUCAAGGCAUGUUUUGAGAAUCCUCAUUUCUUGGCCUGUGGCCCAUUUAUUCACUUAAGAUUUCUGAAGGGGUAGCAGUAUCUAGGCAUUGCUGAAGAGGAUAGCAGGCCUUUUUCUUAGCUAACAUUUUCUAGUACUCUUGAACAGUGCCAGCUAUUUAUUGCCAGCCCCUAUAGGCAUCUUCUUGAGUCCCAACAGGGUUUCUGGUCCCAGAGACAUACCUUCGUUUCCCAGCUAUUCCCACUGAGUGACUGCCUGGCUUUGAUGUUAGCUGCAGUCUUUUGGUAAAACCACAUGGAUUUCACCCUCAGGUGGCCAGCUGGUUACUUGGGUCAGUGGGCACAAAUGACCGUUCCAAGGAGAUAUGUUGAUGACCUCAGCUUUCUGGGACCUUUGGGAUAUUCCCCCUUACCUAGAAUCCUUAGCUCUACCACACUGACUCUCUUUGCCCUGGAACCUGCUUUCCAGAAUCCCUACACAGAUUCUAACUGCUGUUGCAUCUAUUUGAGGGAAGGAAGAAGACUGUAUUCCUCUCAAGCCAAACCAGUUAAAAUGAAAACCAUCUAGUGGGUUCAGCUCUAUUUCUAUUUUCUCAUGUCUACCUGCUGUUUGUAGCAAAGCUUUUUCUAGCAAGCUAGUAGAGAAGAGGAAAGCCUCGCAAUACUAACCUCCUCACCCCACGGGCCCCUCUCUGAAGGCCGCAGCUCUUGUUCAGGCUUCAUCUCUUCUCCCCUAGACUCGGUGCAGCUUGGUAUCCAUCAUCUUGGUUAUUUCUCAGUGGAUUCAUCUUGUAGACUGAUUCUGGGUUCUCAGUUGAAGGCAGGGAUCAGUUUCUGUGGGUCCCUGCAGACAUCCCUGGACCAGGAAGAAGGUUAGACUAGCUGGGAUCCUCAGAAGUAUGUGUAUCUGUUUCCUGGCAGGUGGGGAAGGGCACAAGACUCAAACCACAGGAGGUGCUCAUGACCAGCGACCACAUUUUUCGGCAGUACUACCUGGCAGUGAGUGUGAGACACAGGUUGCUCAGAGUAGGUUUCUUCCUCAGCCAUUUAGGUUUGUACUUUCUCGACCAACCUUGUCCAGCAUUUUUUUCUGUGUUUUUAGGUUCCGUUUGUUAAGCCAGCAGGCUGAGAAUUUGGCCCUGUAGUCAUCCACGUGGUGGGUACUAGCUGUUCCUUAGCCAGGGCUUUGAUGAGUGAUUGAAUUAUCCCAUUGUCCAUCCUCUAGACCCACUCCCAAAUAAAGACCAUGGCAAGGGAAGAAUUUGAGGUCAAAACCAACCUAAUCUGUGAAUUGAAGCUGUUUCUUUUCCUCUGAGAGGCCGUUAAACUUCGGUCUUGGGCUAUGUGCAGGAGCAAAACUGGCUAUGAGUUAGGAGAGGCAGUGUUAAAUUUUGGGUCCAGAGCAACCUAAGGGAAAAAGGGUUGUGUACUGUGUCUUCAGCGGGUUAGGGCGUACCCAGCUGCUUCUGGCCUGCCUGAUCCAGGGUCUCCACAUUAGCUCAUAUCCGAACCCCUCUGCCAAAUGCUAAUCUGCUCUCCUAGUCGGUCCAGUUUGAGUCCUUGGGUUUCAUAGGAGAGAACUAUAUGUCAUGCCCUGGGAGCCAGGAAAGAAGUCAGAGCUCAGAAUCCUCAGACUGGCUGGGGCCUGUUGCCUUCAGAGGACAUCUUCCAGGAGUCCGCACCUAUACCGAACCUUAGGCCAUGGAUUUGUGUACUGGCUUUUUUUAGCCAGCUUUUGUGAGAACUCCUUUAAGCUUUUAAGGGAAGGGGUGUGAGGUCCCAACUACCUAACAGACUGGAUAUUUCCCAAGAACAGCUUGGGUUUCCUGCUAAGGACCCUAGGAAGAUAAAUCCUUUUCUUUCUUUCUGAAUUCAUUUGCUUUUAUUUUUCUAAGAACUAUAAACUGGCUAUUUUCCAUGUUCUCAGGGCCCCUGGGUAGAGAGACAAAGCUUGAUGAUUUCAGAGCAGACAUAGGCCAAGAAACCGUGGCAUUGAGUGUGCUGAGUCCAGACAAAUGAUAUUUAUAUACACAUCCAAAUUUGAAGAGAAAAUGUAUUUCUUUAGGUUUCAAACACUGUAAUAGAUGUAAAGCAAAAAUAAAAACCUGUUGCAAAGUU